CUUUUGGCUUCCGACCACGAACAAAUGGCAGACCCAACAUAUUCCACCCUCCCCUCGCCACCGUUCGACACGAUAUCGCGUAUACAAUACUCCCCAACCGACCCAAACAAGCUUCUAGCAUCGUCUUGGGACUCUACUGUCCGGUUUUAUCAUGCGGGAGAACCAAACGAACGGCCGUCUGAGCAAUUAGUCAAGUUUGAGCAUCGAGCUGCUGUCUUGACAUGUUGUUUCUCGGACGCCAGCCACGGUUUCAGCGGGGGGCUCGAUGCAACCAUUCGACAUUUGGAGAUGGGGACUGAGAAAAUCACAACAGUCGGCUCUCAUACUGACGCUGUGUCUGGAAUGGUGUUUUCUGACGAGUCUCAUGCACUUGUCUCGGGCUCAUGGGACUGCUCUCUCCGUCUAUGGGAUCCACGGUCGGCAACCCCUCAGCAGGCAAACGCCACCACCCCAGAACGCAUUUACGCGAUCGACAUGACGAACCACAACAUCGUCGUGGCUAUGGCAAGCCGAUUGUUCAGCAUCUACGAUAUCCGGAACAUGUCCACCCCCGCGCAACAGAGAGAAAGCAGUCUGAAAUAUAUGACUCGCAGUUUGGCAUGUAUGGCCGAUGGCCAGGGCUACGCAACUGCCUCAGUUGAAGGCCGCAUUGCUGUCGAAUAUUUCGACCCAUCUCCAGCAACGCAAGCCAAAAAAUACGCUUUCAAGUGUCAUCGGCAUACCGUCGACGACGUAGACCAUGUCUAUCCAGUCAACGCGCUCGCUUUCCAUCCUGUAUAUAACACAUUUGCCUCUGCCGGCUCAGACGCCACUGUGUCGAUAUGGGACCACAAGGUCAAAAAACGGCUUCGACAGUACCCCAAGUUCGGCAAUCCAGUAGGGACUCUAGCGUUCAAUUGCGAUGGGACACGACUUGCGGUUGGUGUUGGGUAUAAUUGGGACUUGGGCGAAAAGGGAAUGCACGAGAAGCCUGGAACUGAGAUUGGCAUAAGGAAGCUCGGCGAUGAAGUCAAGCCCAAAAACUGGACAGGGUAA